AUGCCCUCAAUUGAAAAUGUCCCCUAUUUCGAAUACCAGCCCAUUGAGGGUGUAGAGAGGUUGGAGAGAUAUCGUCCUGGGGGGUAUCAUCCAAUACACAUUGGAGACGUGCUUAAAGGCCGGUAUCGUGUUGUUCACAAGCUGGGCCAUGGAGCAUAUUCGACAAUCUGGCUUUCACGCGAUGAGCACCAGGCAGUGUAUGUUGCUGUGAAAAUCAGCACUGGAGAUUCAUCUCCUCAUGAGGCUGACAUUCUAUGUGCCAUUGCAAAUUCCCCUGGGGUUGAUGAUCCAGGCCGCUCCAUCAUUCCCAUAAUUCAAGACCGAUUUGAAAUUCAGGGCCCAAAUGGAUGUCACAAAUGCUAUGUAACACCUCCAGCACAAAGCAGUGUAGCUGCAGCAAGCUUCUCCCAUCUCUUCAAAAUCGAGACUGCGCGUGCUCUCGUUGCUGAACUUGUUCUGGCUGUUGCAUAUAUCCAUGCCCAAGGGAUUGUUCACGGAGGUAAGCCAGUUGGGUGGGAGUUCGUCUGGUUUUCUGUUCCCUGA